AUGUCUUACAACCUCGCUUCAUUGACUCCCUCUCGACCAGCUCCCACACCACCUGCCAGUGGCAAUCCAAACAGACCAUCCCAUCCGCACUCACACUCAUCCCAGCCAAAGUCCAGCUUUUCUUCUACCUCAUACGCCUCGUCAUUUCCCACCAUCAGCCCCACUUCCGCUCUUUCCGUGACCCGUCAGGAUAGUGGUAGGAAUGAAGCCGUCAGAGCUGGUCUUGCCAGCAUCAAGGAAGAAGGUCUGCGGGCAUUCAUGUGGAGCAAAAGGUGGCUCGUCCUGGGCGGUACGGACUUGAGCAUCUUCAAGAAUGAGCAAUCAUCAUCCCCUGUCUUUAUCUUACCCUUGUCAGAUAUCCAAGAUGUUCAGCGAGUCGACAUGAAACCGUUCUGCAUCGAGCUUGAAACUAAGGAUAAGCUGCUCUAUUUUGCGUUCCGUUCGGAUGACGAAGUCUACGCGUGGAUGGACGAUAUAUACAAUCGCUCUCCAUUGAUGGGCGUUUCGGGUCCCACCAACUUCGUCCAUCAGGUACAUGUUGGCUUUGAUCCUAUCUCAGGUGGAUUUACUGGAUUACCUCCUCAAUGGUCCAAGCUGCUUACAUCAUCAGCGAUUACCAAAGAAGAGGCAGCUCGACAUCCAGAGGCCGUUCUCGAUGUCCUGCAAUUCUACACCCAACAGCAAAUGGGUCAAAGUGCUGGCGAUUAUCAACAAUCACCACUACCGACUUUGCCUGCGCAGUCACGAACCGCCAGUGCAGCCGCAACUCGCUUCGAGGGUGUGGGUCUGGGUGGGCAACAACCACAACGAGAUAGAGAUGCGUUGGCAAAAACCGAAGCAUCUUAUAUCAGUUCUAAGCCAGCACCAUCUCCCGCAAUCUCGACUCCCGAUAACCGUGAUCUAGUCCGUCCCUUGGUCGCUGAAAGAAAGGCACCGCCACCCCCUCGCACUGCUGGACCGUCUCGGCCUCUGGAGCCGAAAAUAGACAGAAAGGUUCCUGCGAAACCUGAUGUCAAGCAAGAUUCCGAACCCAAAGCUCUACCUUCUACGACACCUAUACAAGCCCAAACAUCUACGAGCCGACCGGAGAGGAGAAUCAGCACGAUGAACGAGGCUCAAAUAAUGGAGAAACUUCGAUCCGUGGUUAGCGCCGACGAUCCAGCUCAGCUGUAUUCGAAGAUCAAGAAGGUCGGCCAAGGAGCGUCGGGGAUGGUGUUUGUAGCCAAAGCACUCACAACUGGCAAGAAGGUGGCUAUCAAGCAGAUGGAUUUGCAACAGCAACCUCGCAAAGAACUCAUAGUCAACGAAAUAAUUGUCAUGAAGGAAUCCCAACACCCCAAUGUAGUCAACUUCCUUGAUGCUUUCCUUGUCCGUAAUUCGGAGUUAUGGGUGGUCAUGGAAUAUAUGGAAGGAGGCGCGCUAACGGACGUUAUCGAAAACAACAAAUUGACCGAAGAACAAAUAGCUGCGAUUUGUUUAGAGACUUGUCGCGGUCUGCAACACUUACACUCCAGAUCUAUCAUCCAUCGAGAUAUCAAGUCUGAUAAUCUACUUAUGAAUGCACAAGGUCAAGUCAAAAUCACCGAUUUUGGUUUUUGCGCUAAACUAACGGAGCAAAAAUCAAAACGGGCGACCAUGGUCGGGACACCGUAUUGGAUGGCGCCUGAGGUGGUAAAACAGAAAGAGUACGGUGCUAAGGUUGAUAUAUGGUCGCUCGGUAUCAUGGCUAUCGAGAUGAUCGAGAAUGAACCACCUUAUCUGGACGAAGAGCCUCUCAAGGCACUUUACUUGAUAGCCACGAACGGAACUCCGACUUUGAAAAAUCCAGAACGACUCAGUCAAGAUCUCAAACACUUCUUGAGUGUGUGUUUAUGUGUCGAUGUCUCAUUCAGAGCCACGUCUACGGAGUUGCUGAAGCACGAAUUUUUACAACUCGCUUGCCCAAUAAGAGAUCUGGCUCCUCUGCUGAAAUUCAAGCAAGCCACAGUUAAUCCUGAAGGUAACCAAUGA